UAUUCCGUAAUCCUCGACGAAAGAAGCGCGCAAAGUGAAGGACUCUCAGGAUGGAGCGGAUGGAGUCAAUGGAGCCGAUCUCGGCGUACUACACCACGGCUUACCCGGAGAUCCAUCCUGACACUGGUUACGAAUCCAGAGAGACCGCUGAGAGCCAGGCAAAGACUCCACCGGCUCCGACAUAUGACGAGGAGUUGGUACACAAGACCAUCCUGGUUGGGGACAGCGGUGUGGGGAAGACAUCUCUGCUGGUGCAGUUUGAUCAGGGAAAGUUCAUCCCUGGCUCCUUCUCUGCCACCGUGGGCAUUGGAUUCACGAAUAAAGUGGUGACUGUGGAUAACGUAAAGGUCAAACUUCAGAUUUGGGACACAGCGGGACAGGAACGGUUCCGAAGUGUGACACAUGCGUAUUACAGAGACGCACACGCUUUGCUGCUGCUGUAUGACAUCACCAACAAAGCAUCCUUCGACAAUAUCAGGGCAUGGUUAACAGAGAUCCAUGAAUAUGCACAGAGCAAUGUAGUCAUUAUGUUGCUGGGCAACAAGGCCGACAUGAGCGGCGACCGAGCGAUCAGGAGAGAUGAAGGAGAGCGGCUGGCCAGAGAGUAUUCAGUUCCUUUCAUGGAGACGAGCGCCAAGACAGGAGUCAAUGUAGACCUGGCCUUCACUGCUGUGGCCAAGGAACUGAAGCACCGGGCCAUCCAGCACCCCAGCGAACCCACGUUCCAGAUUCAUGAGUACAUCGAGGCACAGAAGGAGAAGUCAGGAUGCUGCAGCUACUUUUAAAACUGGUCUCCCUGCUCCACCUCCCAUCGCUCCGGGCCAACAGACUGUCAGAGACGCACUGCUGAGUGGGAGGAAGCCCUGUAUCUCACUGCUGCUCACAAAAUGUUACACUGCCAUUCACUCAAGACUAAAAGCCAAAAAUACAUCCAUCAGUGGAUCAGCUGCAGACCCACACACCCAUCGUUUCCUUUAGACUUCAGUGUACACCACUGAUGGCUUGUAAAGGACAUUCUAGCAAAGAGUAAUUAUUUAUUUAAGAUGGAUCAGAACAUACCCUUUUUUAUAUUAGAAGCUCAUAAAUCCUAACCCUGUUAGUCUGUAUUUGUUUUAAGUAUGCAGCUGGAUUCAAGAGUUAGCAGGUGUGGACGCAGGAGCAAACAGCUAGCUUCAACCUGAACAGAAGUACAACAUGUUAGCGGCUUUGUGAGCAUGCAAGCUAACUGCUAACACCAGCUAGCACGCUCACAACGACAACACUAAUGUGUACACAUUCAUGAAAACGGUACACACUGAUGAGUACACUUCUGUUUAUUAAUGGAUAACAUGAAUGAUUUUCAGCGUUCAUCAUGUUUGCUAAUAGACCGAUACCAGACCCAGCGAUGCUGGUUAAGGUGAAGCUCUGACUCUGAUGCAGGUUAUUCCUGGUCAGCUGGCCUUAGCCUGUUAGCAUGAGAGCUUUCACUAAUUUGCAUUAAAUGCGUACAACUGAUGUUAAAGGAGCUGUGAAAGAUAUUUGGUCAUAAACCAAAGUAAAGACCUUUUUCAUAACAGAAAGUUUAUGUGCAUCUUCUAUUUUUUUUAAUUAAUUAGUUUAUUUAUUUUUCUUAGCAUCCUAAACAUUGUGAAUAUGGCACCAUGCUAAAUAUACAGACAUAAAACUGAUAUUCAUUGUAAUUAGGUAAUUAGCAUAUUUUUGGUGAAGUUAUAAAAUUCAUAUUUCUUUUAAACAGUUAUUUUUUGGUUGUUUGCUCAUAUGUGGAUGGCGAGGUGCUAGAGUGGUUAGCACCGUCUCCUCACCAGCACCAAGGUUCCUGGUUCCAUCCCCGGCAUGUUCUGCAUGUUCUCCUGUGUGGGUUUCCUCGUGCUCGUUGAGUUAACUGGUGUUACUAAACUGACUGCAGACAGUAUGUAUAGAAUAAAGUGUCAACAUGCAGAGGAAUGCAUCUGUGAAAUAUAGUAGGAAGAGCUGCUUAAGCUGUCUGCUGUUUAGAGAAGAUUUAUGCACACGCAGCAUGAGGUGAAUUUUUUAACGUGGUGUCUUAUAUAUAACUGUGCAAAAGUCUUGAGUUGCCUUGCAGUGGCUCUGGGGAGGCCAAUCCCUGACUGAUGGUGUUCCAGUGAUGCUUUUACUGCACUGGCAGUGUGUUUGAGAUCAUUGCCAUGCUGAAAAAUUAAGCCAUUGCCAAUUAGAUGCUUUCCAAAUGUAUUGAAUGAUGGAUCGAAUUCUUACCAUGCCUUUCUGCAUUCAUAAUUCCAUCAUGUUUUGGCAAGAUCCCCAACAUCGUCUUACAGAUAGAUGUGAACACUCACUGUUGGAUCUCUCCUGAACUCCGCUGUACAAACUGAUGAGGAUUUAAGUCAAAAAUUUCAAACCUGGAGUCAUCAUUCCAUCAGACCUGUUACCACUGGUUUCAGUCCAGGUCUUGUUUAAGUUGGCACACAUCAGCCCCUUAAGACAGACACCCUUCCACUGAGAACUUUUCUGAUGAAGCUUCAGCAAACAGUAAAUGGAUCAGCUGAAGGGCCAGGUGCAUCUCCCAGGUGCUUUGUCUUUGCUGGAUUUUUCUUAUUAAGAAAUGCUGUUCACCUGCUGUAAAUAGUUUUUGUCCUCUACCUGUCCAGUUUCCUCACAGUUCUCUGCACAGCAUGCCAGGUUUUUGGCUCAAAGCACUUUGGGAACUCUUUGACAUUUUAUAGCUUCAAAUAAAUGGAAACAAAUUAUUAUAUUUUUGUGACAGGCUGCUCUUAACAAAGUACCUAAAGGUAAAAUUUAUCUUUAUGUGUAGUCACAACACUGGUUUACCCCACAAAUGAGGUAACUUUUUAUUGUUUGAAUGGGUCACAGGUCUGUGAUAAACAAAAUAAUUUUUAAAAAGACCUUCCUCUGAAAAUGUUCAGGUAUAAGGACUGGACUGAAAUGAGUGAAAAAGUAGCCAAUGUCCAAAAAAAGAAACUUUGGAAGACCUUCAGAAACAUUAGAACUGCUGAGAUGAAGACCACUUUAAAAAUGGCUUUAAAAUAUAAAGAAAUAAGGGGUGACUCAAAAGUUUUGCACUUGUUGUGUGGGUGAUGUGUUAGGAAUGAAAACAUACCACAGCAUUUAAUGGAAAUUAAAAUUAUCAACCUACAGAGUGCAGAAUUCAAAGACAGCACAGAAAUCAAAGUGAACACACUAUGCAGCAGGUGGCAGUAAUUUAAAAUGGUACUCAGUCGGUGGUGCAGUGGUUAGCACUGCUGCCUCACAGUUAGA